AUGACUGACAUGUAUUUCUGUUAUCGACCGAAUGCCACCAGUAUGGAAGCUUAUUGUUCUACAUCGACGAAUGAAACGAUGGGUAUAUGUGAUCAAGGAUUCUAUGGUAUUGAAACAUUUAAUACUACUGGUACAACAUCGUAUGAGUUAUUAGAAGUGGAUGAUGACACCCCGGGAUACUACUGUUUGGGAUUUUUCUAUUAUUUCACAAAUGGGAAUAGUAAGGCGAGUAUUAGUGUCAUGAUUAAACCGCUGUUUGGAGAAUUAAACGAAACGAUUGGCUUAGCUACUGAAUGGACAGCAAACAAAUGGCAUGAAUACAGAAAAACAUUCGAAAUAACAAAUAUUGCAUCAAAGUUUUAUUUUGUGUUUGAACGUCCAGUUGGUACAGAUAGUGCACCAUCAACCUCAAACACUGUAACAACAACUAGCCAAUGUGCGGUAAUUAUACAUCAGGGAUCGUAUACUCAUGUUCGGGAUGUAAAAUUUAACUAA